UCUAGCUUUGUGUCAAUUAUGGAGGCGUCCCAGUUUGAGGCAUCCUUUGCUAUUUAUGCGGGUCUGACUAUUUUUGUUGGAAUCUGCGGUAUGAUUGCUUCUCGAUAUCUUCUGAAGCGUGGUGUCGCUCCCCAACGAGAAACGUCAUUCCACAGUGGUGGGUCACCAAAUGCUUCGAUUCGAAAAAGUAAACUAACUUCGGUGCCUUCAAAAACAAAGAAUUUCAAGCGGGGCGAACUGUUGAACCACCUUCCGUCGCGCGUGAAGCAGCUGCAUGAAGUGCAGCAAAUGGCGGAGCUCACUGCUAAAGAGCGUGAAGCUGAAAUACGGGCUCGAUGCGAUCAAUUGGCUGCGAUCUUGGAGGUCAUGCGACAGCAACCGGAGCACUUUGGCGAGGUCUCACAGGCUGAUAUCUCUGCUCAGCUGUCUGAUUUCUACAGCACCAUCACUGCUCCUGUUGCUUCUCCUUAA